GCCUCUGUGAGGGGAGGAAAAAAAAGGGGGCCUACGUCGUGGAAGUUUCCCGAGCGUCUAUGGCGACUGGAGCGAACGCGACGCCGCUGGGGAAGCUCCAUCCGCCGCCGCCUCCUCCUCCGGUGCCGGGCAAAACCGGAUACCCGCUCCCUCCUCCUCCGCCUCCGCCUCCGCUAGUGAUGCAAGGGCCUCCUCCGCCGCCUCCUCCGCCUCCGGGCCCCGCUCAGGCCCAGCCCCAGCCGGCCAUCCCCAGCCUCAUGGCCGCCGCGGCCGCAGCCUUCCCCUUCGCCGCCCUGCCGCCUCCUCCUCCUCCUCCGCCACCUCCACCUCCGCCGCCCCCGCAGCAGCCGCAGCCCCAGCCGCCCUCGGCGCAACCGCAGCCCCAGCAGCCGCAGCAGCAGCAGCAAGGGCCGCCUUACGGCCAGUACCGCUUCCCUUCUCCCCCGCCGCCCCAGCAGCCGCCGCCGCAAACCCAGCAGCAGCCUCAGCCUCCCUUGGCCCUCGAACACCAGCAGCAGCAACAGGCCCAGCACCUCCUCCUCCACCAGCAGCAGCAGCAGCAGGAUGAGGGAGGCCAAGCCGGGGCUGGGAACCAAGAUUAUCCUAAUAAGAAACGGAAGAGGAGCCGGUGGAACCAAGACACCAUGGAUCAGAAGACGGUCAUCCCGGGAAUGCCCACCGUCAUCCCUCCUGGCCUCACGCGGGAACAAGAGAGAGCUUAUAUAGUGCAACUGCAGAUAGAAGACCUGACUCGCAAACUGCGCACAGGAGACCUGGGCAUCCCCCCUAACCCUGAGGACAGGUCUCCUUCUCCCGAGCCCAUAUACAACAGUGAGGGGAAACGCUUGAACACCCGCGAGUUCCGCACCCGCAAAAAGCUGGAGGAAGAGAGACACAACCUGAUAACGGAGAUGGUGGCGCUCAAUCCGGACUUCAAGCCCCCGGCUGAUUACAAACCUCCAGCAACUCGAGUGAGUGAUAAAGUGAUGAUCCCACAAGAUGAAUAUCCAGAAAUAAACUUUGUUGGGCUUCUGAUUGGACCCCGAGGGAAUACCCUGAAGAACAUUGAGAAGGAAUGUAAUGCCAAGAUUAUGAUCAGAGGCAAAGGGUCUGUAAAGGAAGGAAAGGUGGGACGGAAGGAUGGCCAGAUGCUGCCUGGUGAGGAUGAGCCCCUUCAUGCUUUGGUCACUGCCAACACCAUGGAAAAUGUGAAAAAGGCUGUGGAACAGAUCCGGAAUAUUCUGAAACAAGGCAUUGAAACGCCGGAGGACCAGAAUGACCUGCGUAAGAUGCAGCUGCGGGAGCUGGCCCGCCUCAAUGGGACGCUGCGUGAGGAUGAUAACAGGAUUUUACGCCCAUGGCAAAAUACAGAGAUUCGUACCAUCACCAGUACUACGGUGUGUACCAAGUGUGGAGGAGCUGGUCACAUAGCAUCAGAUUGCAAGUUUGCCCGGCCUGGAGAUCCCCAGUCAGCACAGGACAAAGCACGCAUGGACAAGGAAUAUUUGUCCCUGAUGGCCGAGCUGGGAGAAGCUCCUGUCCCAGCCUCUGUAGGGUCAUCUUCUGGGCCCUCCAACCCACCCCUGCCAAGUGGCCCAAGACCAUCAGGGCCAGGAAAUAACCAGCCACCUCCUAACCGUCCACCGUGGAUGAACUCCGGCCCCUCUGAGAACCGACCGUUCCAUGGCAUGCAUGGUGGAGGUGGCGGUGGUGGAGGUGGAGGAGGAGGCGGCGGUGGCGGCGGUGGACCCGCAGGGCCUGGUGGCCCCCACAAUUUCCCCCACCCCAUGUCAAAUAUGGGGGGACAUGGAGGUCACCCAAUGCAGCACAACCCCAAUGGCCCUCCACCUUGGAUGCAACCUCACAAUCCACCCAUGAACCAGGGACCACAUCCUCAUGGCCCCCCAGGCCCCCACCACAUGGAUCAGUACCUGGGCAAUGCGCCAGUGGGCUCUGGGGUCUAUCGCCUCCAAGGAAAAGGUAUGAUGCCCCCUCCGAUGGGUAUGAUGCCCCCUCCGCCUCCUCCGCCCAGUGGUCAGCCUCCCCCGCCUCCCUCUGGUCCUCUCCCCCCAUGGCAGCAGCAGCAACAGCCUCCGCCCCCGCCUCCCAGCAGCAGUACUCCCUUGCCAUGGCAGCAAAGUGAAUACGACGACCACCACCACCACGAGCGCUGGCACCGGGGCCAUCCCUCCAUGGCAGCAGCAGGCGGCGGCAACUUCUACGGGGGCCCCACAGAUGCAAGGCAGCCCCUCCAUGGUGCCUUUGCCUCCCGGGGUCCAGCCUCCGCUGCCCCCCGGGGCCCCGCCGCCUCCCCCACCCCCGCCUCCUGGCUCCGCGGGCAUGAUGUACGCCCCGCCCCCUCCCCCGCCUCCCAUGGACCCUUCUAACUUUGUCACCAUGAUGGGGGUGGGGGUGCCAACCUUGCCACCCUUUGGCAUGCCCCCUGCUCCCCCGCCACCCCCACCACAGAACUGAAGAAUGGUUUUGAUCUCUGUCCAGUUGUGUUUCUUGCCGGUGUCGAGCCAGGAAUUGUUUGAGGGGAGGGUGAAAUUAUGAAGCCCAGCCAGGUGUGUGUGAGGGAUGUCCCCCUCUCCUUCCCUCUCACACUUCCGUAGAGAGGCUUUAGCCUCUUGUCCAAUUCCUCUUUUGGUAUCUUGACUGGUGUCCUUCCGUAGCAGAGCCUCCCUUCCCCACCAGGACCCGAGUGCUGAGUCUCCCCUGCCAGCUGGGGGUCUGCCCCAUUCUCCUCUAGGGAGAGCGAGGGAUUUGUGUGAUAGAACUGCUGGGGAAUCUCCCACAAAGCUGCCAGGUCCAGCUAUGCAACUUGCCCUGCUAGGUGGAACCAAUAGCUUUUAUUAACCUUCUAGAUUUUUAACUUCAUCUUGAGACGCCCGUUUUCUAUAGCUGGUGUGCUUCUCCACGGUUGGCACUUGUGCCAGCGGAGCUGAAGAAGCAGCGGGCUUUCUUCUAUAGAGUUCCCUCUCUGAAAUGGAGGCCCCAAGCACCACCCCUGAGCUGGGCUUCACCAGUUCUUUACUUGUUUUAUCCCCCUCCCAAGUCAUCCUUAGGUGGGAAAGACUAGAUUUCUUAAGUUGGGUCUGCCUUUUGAAACCAGGCUUGAACCUUCCCCACCCAUUGAAUACUUAAAGAUGGAAGUCAGCGUCUCCCUCUGUUUAGAAGCCCACUUUGUCUCUCUGUCCAUCUGCUUAGAAACUCCCUCUUUUCUUUCUUUUUUUAAAAGCACAUCGGAGUGUUUUGUGGUUGGGGUGCCCUCCCGCCCCCCGAUUGAAUGACUCUUUGUCGACAAUGACGUCCAUAUGUAUGUACAAUGCUUUCAUUCGGUCUCCUGUAACCAUUUUCUGAAUUGCUUUUUUUCUUCUUUUUUGGUGUGUGUAAGAAUAAAAAAACUCAGCAAAGGGGAGGUUCCAAUUAAAUGCGGCUUUUAAAAUA